UAAAGUCCGGCUAUGUUUGAAAGCGAACAGUUGCUUAAAACGUAGUGGAUUUCGUCUACCUCCGUUUUUAAAAGGAUUAUAGCCGCCAUUUAAAAUCACUGCACGUUUCAUACAAAUUGCAAUCGCUAAUUUCCAUUUUUUUAGAGUUUCGGACUUGGCUACUAAUUAAAAAUAAACAAUCCGAGUUAAAAUAAAAAUAUUAUUUUUUGCUAUUGACAAUAUUUGUAUAUUAAGUAAAUAUUUCUUAAAUUUUUUAGCGUGCUUUAUAUUUUAAGAAAAAUAAAAAACAACUCGAUAUUAUUUUAAAAAUCCUCUUCUGCUCAUGUUAUGAGGAAACAAUGUCUGCCAAACAGAUCAUGGAAAAGAAAAAAGCUCAAAAUGAGAUGAGGAAGUUAAUGGCAGAAAGAAAAAAUAAGGACAAAAAACCCAUACAAAUAGAUAACCCAUUGGCUAAGUAUAAUAAUGCAGGUCAGUUAACUUGCAUACUUUGCUCUUCCAUCAUUAGAUCAGCACAUGUAUGGCAGGUGCAUGUCAAUAGUAAACAACACAGGGGAAAUGUGGAACAAGCAAAGAAACUUAAAGAGCUUACAAAGAAUUUCACUGAUGGUAAAGUUAAAAAAAGGUCAGGUGGAGUUGUAGAAGGUGAUCCUCAAGAAAAGAAGCCUAAGGGUAUUUUGAAAAAUGUAUCAUCUAUUCCAAUUACUGUAAAAGUAAAUAAUAAUGUACCAAUUAUAUAUUCUCACCAUGAUGAAGAAAUCAAGAGAUCUCCUUUGGUUCAAGUUGUACAAGAUUAUUCUUCAGAAAAAGCUGAACAACAAGAUAAUAAAGCAGAAGAGGAAUCAAAAUCCAGUCAACCCAUACCUGAAGGAUUUUUUGAUGAUCCUAUAUUAGAUGCCAAGGCACGUAAUAUAGAAUAUAAGGACCCUGUCGAAGAGGAAUGGGAAAAAUUUCAAAAAGAAAUAAAGGAAGAAGCCACCACAUCUGCAGAAAUAAUAGCAGGCGAACAAGAGGAAGCAACUGCAGAAAGGCAAAUCGAUGAAAUUGAUGAACAAAUCAGGAAUUGGUCAAGAGUUCUUGACCUUGAGUUAAAAAAAGAAGAAACGAAACAGAAAAUACAGGAAGUUGAUAUGUCAAGUGACCAUGGUAGUGCUUCAGAAAGUGAAUCAGAAAUUAAUGAGUUUUUAGAUUGGCGCGCUAAAAAAGCUUAUAGUUAAAAUAAUUUAAUAUAAUAUGUUAAGUAAAAAACA